CAUGUGUGUUACUUUGUGGGUUAUUAUAGGACAAUUUGACAUAGGACAAUAUCGAUCAUGAGCUCAAUAGGUACUGGUUACGAUCUUUCUGCUGCACAGUUUUCCCCAGAUGGUCGGGUCUUUCAAGUCGAAUACGCUCAAAAGGCUGUGGAAAACAGCAGCACUGCUAUUGGGAUUCGAUGCAGGGAUGGAGUUGUGUUGGCAGUGGAAAAGUUGAUCACUUCUAAACUUCACGAACUGGAUUCAAACCAAAGAAUAUUCAACAUUGACAAGCAUGUUGGUAUGGCUGUUGCUGGUCUUCUGACAGAUGCACGAGAGAUUGUUGACAUUGCAAGAAAUGAGGCAAGUAACUACAGACAGCAAUAUGGAUGCCCUAUACCACUAAAACAUCUGACAGAGAGGGUGGCAAUGUACAUGCAUGCUUACACAUUGUACAGCUCUGUGCGGCCGUUUGGUGCAAGUGUUUUACUUGCCUCCUAUCUGGAUGACUCGGCACAAAUGUACAUGAUUGAUCCCUCUGGUGUUCCACUUGGAUAUAAUGGAUGUGCGAUGGGCAAAGCAAAGCAGAAUGCCAAAACUGAAAUUGAGAAACUGAAGUUGAAAGAAUUGUCUUGCCGAGAGGCUCUUAAUGAAGCUGCUAAAAUAGUAUAUGUUGUCCAUGAUGAAGUUAAGGAUAAGGCAUUUCAACUUCAACUGAGCUGGGUGUGUGCUGAGUCCGGUGGUGUACAUGAAAGGGUGCCUGAAAAUUUGGUAGAUGCAUCUGAAGCUUUUGCUAAAGAUGCCAUGGAGGAAAGUGAUUCUGAUGAUGAGUGAUGUUAAAAGUUCAAAAAAUUUGUUCCUAAGCUGAUUUAUUCAAGUUCAGAGUUAUUAGUGAAAAUAUUUUACAACAAACUGAAUUGUAUUGUACUGAAGAUUGUAUGUUAUAGAUUGCACAAGGAGAUCAAAUAUGUUCUCAUUUGCUUUCUAUAAUAACAACUGAACUGUAGAGUUAAUCAGUAUACUUCAAUGAAUUUGAGUUUGAUAGUUAAAUGCUCCUGAAUUCGAAUACUAUCAUAAUUUAAAGAGUUGUUAAGUUUUGUGUAAAAUACAAAAUUUAAG